AUGUACAUAUCUGCUUACUCUCGUGAGCCAAGAGCUCAGCAAGGCCCCUCGAGCAGGUUUAACACCAAGGCCAGGGAAGCGGUCUACUCACACCUUCAAAAGACCACCAGCAUCAUACCCAUCACCAGCCAGUCUGACAACCAAUCCCUCUACACAUCCCUAUCUCGAUGUUCUACCCAAUCAUCCUCCAAUUCAUCCUCCCAGUCAUGCUUCUCUGGUAACUCGGUGGAAAUUGCCGCGGGUAUUUUAUCCGGCGAUGGGAGCGCUUACUCCCAAGCGUUAGUUUUAUCCUUAGAACAAGUAUUAAGGGAUAUUGAAUCCAUGAAUUCCAUUUAUCCGCAAAGAUGUCUUGGGAUAGAUAUUCCUGCGUCCCCUUUGGACUCUCCGUUUCCUGAUUGGGACUUGAAUCUCCAGCGUACACAGCUCUUUGUCAGCGCUUUGCCGGCUCAGUGGCAAGGCCAAACUCCCCUUAUUCAAUCUAAGGUAUACACCAAGGAAUCGGGAACAAGACACCACCGCCGAUUCCAGCUCAUCUUGGUUCCGUACCAAAUCACUGACCACGAGCUCAUCCAACUCUUUGCGCUGUCCAGGCUCUAUUCAGAGCACAAGUUGGAUACGCAGUUUAAGCACCAUGUCGCAGAGGUGUCCGUGAAGAAAUCGCGCUUACUCCAGCUCUCCCAAAGAGCUAAAAACCUGCCUACCUCUGCGUCACUCGAUAUACCUCUCAGUUUUGAGUUAAAAUGUAUCGCCUUGCGGAACUAUGUGAUUAACUUGGGUUGUGCAGCGCAAACUUCCAUUGAAUUCAAACACGCCUGUAAGGUGAUCAAACAAGAUCGCUACGCCCAAAUGUGUCACGCAGAUCCAAGCACCACUAACCACGAAGCAAACCUUACCAAGGAGGAAAAGAAGGUAUUGUGGAACACGAUAAGAACGGAUGUGUUUCAAAGAGCUGGUUUUGAUGGAGAGUAA